UGCGAGCAUGCAUGUGCGAGUAUGAAUUCAACUCAAGUCGAAUCAAAGGUAAUUCUGAGCCGGCUCAGAAGCAGGAGCAGCAGGAGCAGCAGGAGCAGCAGCAGCAGCAGCAGCAGCAGCAGCAGCAGCAGCAGCAGCAGCAGCAGCAGCAGCAGCAGCAGCAGCAGCAGCAGCAGCAGCAGCAGCAGCAGCAGCAGCAGCAGCAGCAGCAGCAGCAGCAGCAGCAGCAGCAGCAGCAGCAGCAGCAGCAGCCAGCAGCAGCAGCAGCAGCAGCAGCAGCAGCAGCAGCAGCAGCAGCAGCAGCAGCAGCAGCAGCAGCAGCAGCAGCAGCAGCAGCAGCAGCAGCAUGGCAGUGGUGGAGAGAACCUGAGAGCAGCAGGAGGGCGAGCACUUGAAGCGCGGACGAGACAAGGAGGGAGAAGAGGCAG